AUGGAUAAUGAUAGAAGUUGGAUGCACAUCCAAGGGUUUAAUGGAAGGAAACAAGGAGAUUACAAGAAAGGUGUUAAAGAGUUUUUGGACUUUGCAUUUAGGGACACCGCUCCUAAUUCUGGGGUAAAGUUAAGGUGUCCUUGCUUGAAUUGUCGAAAUUAUUUUGAUCAAGAUCGAGAUACUAUGCGGGCUCAUAUUUUUCGAGUCGGAAUAGAUCCUGAUUACAAUCCAUGGAUUUUUCGUGGAGAGGAACAAUCCUUUGAAGUCACGGAUGAAGAGAUGUUCGAAGAGGAAGGUGAUGACUUUGAGGAUGAAGAUCCCCUUGUGUCUGAUGACUUAGCUUCUUUGGUGCGUGAGGCCACAAAUGUAGUUAUAGAACCUCAAGUUUCAGAUGAUAGGGAUAGGGGUGAUGAUGAACUCCCUGACAUGUUUCACAAAUUGAUGAAAGAUGCACAAGAAGAGCUUUAUCCAGGGUGUAAGACAUUCUCAAGAUUAGAGUUCAUUGUAACUCUUUUGCAACUUAAGGUGAGUGGUCGUUGGAGUGAUAAGUCAUUUAAUGGGCUGCUUAAUGCAUUGCACAAGGCCUUUAAUUAUGAUGUGAGCUUCCCUAAGAGUUCAUAUGAAGCAAAAAAGUACACAAAAGAUCUUGGAUUGAACUAUGUGAAGAUUCAUGCUUGUGUGAACCAUUGUAUUCUUUAUAGAAAAGACUAUGCUAACAUUAAUGCAUGUCCUAUUUGUGGGGAGUCUCGAUGGAAAGAAAGCAGUGGUGAGUUAGAUGAUAGCGUCUCUUUAACAGAAUCUCAAGGGAUCUCACAACUUAAGCCUAGAAUUCCUCGCUUGGUUCUUCGCCAUUUUCCUUUGGUGCCAAGGCUUCAAAGGCUUUUUAUGUCAUCAAGAAUUGCAAAACACAUGAGAUGGUAUAACGAGAGGCGCGUUGAUGAGGACAUACUAAGGCACCCGGCUGAUUCAAUGGCAUGGAAGCACCUUAAUGAUCUAUAUCCCGAGUUUAAGGCUGAUGCACGUAACUCCCCUGGAAAUGAUAUUGAUGUGUUCUUGGAACCAUUGGUCGAAGAACUUGAAGACUUGUGGGAAGUUGGGGUGGAAACUUAUGAUUCAUAUAGUUGCCAGAAGUUUAAUAUGAAGGCGGUGUUAUUGUGGACAAUGAGUGAUUUUCCGGCUUACGGGAAUCUGUCCGGUUGUAGUACUUGUGGUAAACUUGCUUGUCCAUCAUGUCAUAAGGAUACUUGGCACAAGCGACUUAAGAAGAGUAAUAAGGAAUGCUUCUUAGGUGAUCGCAGAUUCUUGGAUGCUGAUCACAGAUGGAGAAAUGAUAAGAAAUCUUUUGGUGGCGAGAGGGAAAGACGACCACCUCCUGUUCCUUUAUCAGGGGAUGAAAUUUUGGAGGCAUUUGAGGGAGUGCCAAAUGUGAUUUUUGGGAAGAAGCGAAAGAGGAACCAGAGAUACUUGUUUAACCAAUGGAAGAAGCUAAGUGUCUUUUAUAGACUUCCUUAUUGGAGUAAGCUUUUGAUUCGUCACAACUUAGAUGUGAUGCAUAUUGAGAAAAACAUAUGUGACAGUAUAAUAGGAACUGUCCUUGAUAUUCCUGGUAAAAAUAAUAAGGAUCACUUGAAUGCUCGAAGGGUUUUUGAAGAUGAUGAAAAUGCAUGA